GGUGUGCUUGGGGCCUUUUUUGGGUUUCUGUGGUGUGCCUGAUAGCCUACGACUCGAUUACCCUUACGUUCCGAAAUACCUGAGACGUCUCUGUCCCCCUUGUUCAAGAUGCUGUCACGAAGCUCUCUUAGGACCGCUCAGCAGCUGACCCGAUCGUUCGCCACCGUCCAGUCCGACAUCUUCAAGCCGGCCAAGUUCGGCGGCAAGUACACCGUCACGCUGAUCCCCGGAGACGGCAUCGGAGGCGAGGUGGCCGAGUCGGUCAAGACCAUCUUCAAGGCCGACAACGUGCCCGUCGAGUGGGAGCAGAUUGAGGUGUCGGGCGUGGAGGAGAGCGCGCUGCGCACCGAGGAGGCCUUCCGCGAGAGCGUCGCCUCGCUCAAGCGCAACAAGCUGGGCCUCAAGGGCAUCCUGCACACGCCCGUCAGCCGGUCCGGCCACCAGAGCUUCAACGUGGCCAUGCGCCAGGAGCUCGACAUCUACGCCAGCAUCUCGCUCAUCAAGAACAUCCCCGGCUACGAGACGCGCCACAAGGACGUCGACCUGUGCAUCAUCCGCGAGAACACCGAGGGCGAGUACUCGGGCCUCGAGCACCAGAGCGUGCCCGGCGUCGUCGAGUCGCUCAAGAUCAUCACCCGCGCCAAGUCGGAGCGCAUCGCAAAGUUCGCCUUCGCCUUUGCCCUCGCCAACGGCCGCAAGAAGGUCACCUGCAUCCACAAGGCCAACAUCAUGAAGCUCGCCGACGGCCUCUUCCGCAGCACCUUCCACCAGACCGCCAAGGAGUACCCGACCCUCGAGGUCAACGACAUGAUUGUCGACAACGCCUCCAUGCAGGCCGUCUCCCGCCCCCAGCAGUUUGACGUCAUGGUCAUGCCCAACCUGUACGGCGGCAUCCUGUCCAACAUUGGCGCCGCCCUCGUCGGCGGGCCCGGCAUCGUCCCCGGCUGCAACAUGGGCCGCGAGAUUGCCGUCUUCGAGCCCGGUUGCCGUCACGUCGGCCUGGAUAUUAAGGGCAAGGACCAGGCCAACCCCACGGCCAUGAUCCUCAGCGGCAGCAUGCUCCUGCGACACCUGGGCCUUGACGACCAUGCUAACCGCAUCUCCAAGGCCGUCUACGGCGUCAUUGCCGAGGGCAAGGUCCGCACUCGCGAUAUGGGCGGUGUUUCCACCACGCACGAGUUCACCAAGGCCAUCCUCGACAAGAUGGAGACCAUCUAAGCACCCAAACCGCACACAAAGCAGACUUUGCCCAACCGCAAGGCGAAGCUGACCUGGAAAAUAUUCUGAAAACCCCCCCAAACACAACCACACCCUUUUUCUCCUCACACAUUCCGCCGGGGUGUGUUUUGGGGGAAAAGAACUUGAUACCUCAAACGUUAGAAGCCGAGGCCGAUGCGCACAGCGACGCCGCCGAUUUACGCAAAAAAUCCAAGGGGCAAAGAGAGUA